GCAGGUCUAAAGCAGUGCCUCACUCUGUUCUUCUCACUAUUCGAAUCACGAACUCUUAGCUUUCCAAAUCGUCUUUUAUUUUUGGGAUCGGGAGCUUAGAGUUCAUCCAUCAAUGGCGGAUGCAGAGACGUUUGCUUUUCAAGCUGAGAUCAACCAGCUUCUCAGCUUGAUUAUUAACACCUUCUAUAGUAACAAAGAGAUCUUUCUUCGUGAGCUCAUUAGCAACUCCUCCGACGCUUUAGACAAGAUUAGAUUCGAGAGCUUGACAGACAAGAGCAUGCUCGAUGCUCAGCCCGAGCUCUUCAUCCACAUUGUUCCAGAUAAGACUAACAACACCCUGUCUAUUAUUGACAGUGGUGUCGGUAUGACCAAGGCUGAUUUGGUGAGCAAUCUCGGUACCAUUGCAAGGUCCGGGACGAAGGAAUUCAUGGAGGCAUUGGCUGCUGGUGCUGAUGUUAGUAUGAUUGGACAAUUUGGUGUCGGUUUCUACUCGGCUUACUUGGUUGCUGAGAAGGUUAUUGUUACAACAAAGCACAACAAUGAUGAGCAGUAUGUGUGGGAGUCCCAAGCUGGCGGCUCCUUCACUGUCACCAGAGAUACCUCUGGGGAGAAUCUUGGAAGGGGUACUAAGAUCACUCUUUUCUUGAAAGAGGACCAGCUUGAGUACCUCGAGGAGCGCCGUCUGAAGGACUUGAUUAAAAAGCACUCUGAAUUCAUUAGCUAUCCCAUUUCCCUCUGGACUGAGAAGACCAUCGAGAAGGAGAUAUCUGAUGAUGAGGAUGAGGAGGAAAAGAAGGAUGAAGAAGGUAAAGUCGAGGAUGUUGACGAGGAGAAGGAUAAGGAAGAGAAGAAAAAGAAGAAGAUUAAGGAGGUCUCGCACGAAUGGUCUUUGGUGAACAAACAGAAGCCCAUUUGGAUGAGGAAGCCGGAGGAGAUUACCAAGGAAGAGUAUUCUGCUUUCUACAAGAGCCUUACAAAUGACUGGGAAGAGCAUUUGGCCGUCAAGCACUUCUCGGUUGAGGGACAACUUGAGUUCAAGGCUGUCCUCUUUGUUCCCAAGCGAGCUCCUUUUGAUCUCUUUGACACGAGGAAGAAACCCAACAACAUCAAGCUGUAUGUCAGGCGUGUCUUUAUCAUGGACAACUGUGAGGAGUUGAUUCCCGAGUUCCUCAGCUUUGUGAAGGGUAUUGUUGACUCGGAAGACCUUCCUCUCAACAUCUCGAGAGAAAUGUUACAGCAGAACAAGAUCUUGAAGGUUAUCCGCAAGAACUUGGUGAAGAAGUGCAUUGAGCUCUUCUUUGAAAUAGCUGAGAACAAGGAAGAUUACAACAAGUUCUACGAGGCUUUCUCCAAGAACCUCAAGCUUGGAAUCCAUGAGGACUCUCAGAACAGGAAUAAGAUUGCUGAAUUGCUCCGCUACCACUCCACCAAGAGUGGUGAUGAGAUGACGAGCUUGAAGGACUAUGUGACCAGAAUGAAGGAGGGUCAGAAUGACAUCUAUUACAUCACUGGUGAGAGUAAGAAAGCUGUUGAGAACUCUCCCUUCCUUGAGAAGUUGAAGAAGAAGGGUUAUGAGGUCCUUUAUAUGGUCGAUGCAAUUGAUGAGUAUGCGGUAGGGCAGCUGAAAGAAUUCGAGGGAAAGAAGCUUGUGUCUGCUACUAAGGAAGGUUUGAAACUGGACGAGAGCGAGGAUGAGAAGCAAAAGAAGGAAGCAUUGAAGGAGAAGUUUGAGGGUCUCUGCAAGGUUAUAAAGGAUGUCUUGGGCGACAAGGUUGAGAAGGUUGUGGUUUCCGACCGUGUGGUUGAUUCUCCAUGCUGUUUGGUUACUGGCGAAUACGGUUGGACUGCCAACAUGGAAAGAAUCAUGAAGGCGCAGGCAUUGAGGGAUAGCAGCAUGGCUGGUUACAUGUCCAGCAAGAAGACAAUGGAGAUCAACCCCGAGAACCCCAUCAUGGAGGAGCUGAGAAAGAGGUCUGAUGCAGACAAAAAUGACAAAUCCGUUAAGGAUCUCAUUCUCCUCCUCUUUGAGACCGCACUCCUCACCUCUGGCUUCAGCCUCGAUGACCCUAACACCUUCGGCAACAGAAUCCACAGGAUGCUCAAACUCGGUCUUAGCAUCGAUGAUAAUGAAGGUGAAGGUGAAGCCGAUGCUGACAUGCCCCCGUUGGAGGAUGCCGAUGCUGAAGGCAGCAAAAUGGAGGAAGUUGAUUAAGAUUGACACGUUCUUAUAUCAGUAGCUUUAUUUCAUUUCUGAACGACCCUUUAGCUUUUGUUUUUACAGUUUGUAUGCAACCUCAUUUUGGAGGUCUUGUUGCUUUGGUGACGAUCUUAAAUGAUAAAUGCCUGUUUGUUUCUCUGA